UGAUUUGGGGCUCAAAAAGCAGUUUUUAUAAAUAUAUUUUUUAUAAAAAUCGUGAUUUAUGUUUCCAGGAAUGUUUAGUGUAAGUUCAAAAGAACAGCAUUUCUUUGAAAUUAUUAUACUACGUUGUUGUUUUGCUAUCUAUCUACAUCUCUAUCUAAAAAUAUGUUUUACUCUCAAUGACCCUGACAUUUGAUCGGCAGCGUAGCUGAUACCAGAUGUGUACACGGUUAACAAUAUACCAGUUUAAUGCCAAAUGAAUAAAUCUUGUGUGUGUGUUUUAAACACUGGGUGGCGCUGUGCUAUAACCUUUCCUGCCGACCUUCUUCAUACACUCGCAGAAGGAAGAAGGAGAGACAGUGAGACGUCCCUUUGGUGGAAAAAAAAAAAUCUGACAAUUAUUGAAGAUAGGAAUCAUGCACACAGCUGCAAAUCCACAGCUCAACCCAUUUAGAAAUUAACUACUUGGGUGAAAUCGCAUGACAUCCACCCUUCUGCACUGCAAAAUACAGAAACAUCAACUGAUAGCAUCAGUAGAUUCUGCUGUAAGAUGUGACAGUAAAAAGACUGCUUGGUGUUUUACAUCUUAAGACUGCACAGAUGAUAAAGACUAUAUUCCGAGAUUGAAUGCAUGCAUGUUCAUAGUGCACGUUCAUUUUGGAUAACAGCAUUUUCUAAACGAACCAAUGUAAACUUGUGUGCAUUAAAACCACCAUAUUAUAAAUUACAGUGGAUGCAGUAAAAUAUGUAUGGAAUUACAUAUCAAGGAUUUUAAACAAGCUGUGCUGUACCUAACAAGGUUUAGCCAUAGAUUGCUGUCGUGGGCAAUAAUUUGCAGCAGAUAUAGUGAUUGCAAAAUUAUUAGAACACUAGUAUUUCACAAGCAAUGACAGACAGACAGAUGAUGAUCAGAUCAGAUCUCUGUGCAGAGCGCUGGCUAUUUCAGACUCCUUGUCCAACAAAAACCUCACAUUAUUACAGUUAGUGAAAAUACUAACUGUAUAAUUUUGGCCAACACUGUAAAUAUGGGAACAUUAUAAAACCUUAAAAAUAAAGGUGCUUAAAAGGUCGAUGCCAGAGAUGAAGAAUUCAGUUAAAGUUAUUUUACAGAACCAUCUUAUUCUUACUGUUUUAGUAUUUUAGCAUCCUUUUGCCAAAGAAACGUUUAUGAAACAGAAAAGUUCUUAAGAUGUUAAAGAUGUUCAUAAAGGGAACCACUGACAUUUUUAAUGGCACCGCAAAGCACUUUUAUUAAGGUUUUUGAUAUAAAAGUGUGUUUAGCUAUAAAUAUUAAAUAUAAAAAAAAUGUAUAGGUACACGUACAGGGGCCAUGUCUCAUGCUGAAGAAGUAUAUGAGUGCUCAAUAUAACCGCACUAUAUUAAAGUUUGAAGUUAAACGAGGUGCAAACAAAUAUUCAAAAAGCACAUUCAAAACCACGAUAUAACUCCAUCAUUUUAUAAGACACCUGUCACGUCUCUCACAACAAUGCGCUGCAGACGCACAAGGCGCCGAAACGAUCAAACACGCCCUCUUUCUCUCGCUGCUGUUCCAGAAAGGGAAGUAAACGUGAAGCUGGUUAUCUCCAUUACCAGGCUGACUUUUACGCGAGAGCUACAGGUGUUUGUGACCGAACGGAUCCACCAAACGAAUUCACAUGAACGUUCGGAUUUUCGGAGAAACGCUGACCGACGACGAGCCAAAUGAACCGCGCGCACCCGUUAAACGCGUUUUGUUCCGGAACGUUUUGGUUCUACUGCUGUACGAGCGAGGUCUGAAGAAGCGCUAGGAUGACCAAUGAUACGAGCAACUCGUAUCCGCACGUACGUGUUUGGGCAGCGGGAGUGUCUUUGAUCAUUUUGGCCUUUUUCAACUUGAUCAUCAACUGGACCAUAGUGCGCGAGGAGCACCUGCGGAGCCACGCGCGCUUCGUCCUCGUGUUCCACUUGUUGUUCUCCGCGCUGGUUUACUUCGCGGUCAGCUUUAGCUUCAACUUACAAAGCUACCUGAAACUGGCGACCACGCCGACCGUGUGCAUGGCGUUAAUCAAAGGCCUGAUGACAAGCGGCUCCAAUAUCAUCCUCACCAUCACGGCGAUGGCGCUGGACCGCUACUUCGCCAUAUGCUACCCGCUCCACUACAGCAAAGUUUGUUUCAAACCCUGGCCGUGGGUCAGCGGGAUCCUAACGUGGGGACUCGCGUCGAUUAUUCCUUUCACCCUGUCCACCAGUAUCAAUGUCACCAGGUCCUGUGGAAGGGAAGCUCUGCAAGGCGGAGAAAUGCACAAAAUAGUUUUAAUAACAAUUUGUACCGUUCUCAUCGUGUACAGCUACGUACGGAUCUUGUACGAGGGGCGUCGUCUGGGUGUGCUGAACCGGCGCAACCGAGCUGCAUGCAAGACUAUUGCUCUCCACGGCACCCAGCUCGCCGUCUACAUCCUCCCCAAUUUCUUAAUGUUCUUGCUGUAUAUCCUGCAUACAAAGCAUUUACUCGAGAGCUCCACAAAAGACCUUUUUGCGGUCGUAAGUUUUGCCUUCUUCAGCCUGGCGCAGUGCAUUGCGCCGAUAGUGUACGGACUGCGUAAAGAGGAACUGCUGGAACAUCUUAACCACCGGUUCCCGUGUUUAUCCUGCCGGUUGAAGCGCAUUUUGGAGUGGACCGUCAACAUCACGCAUCCCAAUCGGCGUCGCCAGCAAAGGGAGAGGAGAAUGACUUCAGAGACGUUACUAUCAAGAGAGAUCUCACAGACGACUGUGUGAUAUCUCUGGAUUAGGAGAUGUUGGUUUCUUCAAAAGAAAUAUUUACUUACACAGACUGAAAUGAAUUCACAAUCAAACACUAUGCAAUCCAUCUGGUGUAUUGCAUAUGUUAAGUUCAGCACAUGUUUCACUGAGAAAACAAAGACUUUUAGAAAACUGUGAUUUUUUUUUUUUUUUAAAUUCUGCAAGCCAUAACUUCAUUAAGUUGGAGUAAAAUACAGCAGCUACAGUCUUGAGGAAUUACUUUUGUUGAAGACAGUCAACUGUGAUUUUAUAUUAACUGUAAAUAGUACCGCUGACAAGGAUCAGAUCUUUUAUUUUCCUAAACGCUGUCCAAAUCUCUUUAGUAUCCUCUGAUUUGGCAAAACUUAACAGUAUUUUGCAGUCAUAUAUAUAUAUAUAUAAAUAACUACAACUGUGAAAGCGGUUUGAUGAAAUUGUACUUUGUGUGUAGAUAAGUUGGUGAUUUUUAGUAUUUGAUUUACUGUGCUUGUAACCACAGCAUCCUGAGUUAUGAAGACACACUGGCUUAAUACGGUCUUUUACAAUAUACUGCAUAAAACGUUUGAAUCUGGAAGAUUUCAGAUAUUGAUGAGAACUGCAACACAGAGGAAGUAUUUAUAAUUAUGUCAGGCUAGUGCAGCUGUAUAACCUAUUAUACAAUUAAUUGUUUUUUUUUGUAUGUUUGCUGUUUAAGUUGGUACAUACCUAAUGGGAGAUGCCAAAGAAAAUUAAAGAAUAAAUAAUAUAAUAUAAACGGUUUGACAAAAUAUAGGCAUCACAUGUGCGUAAUUCCUAAAUGGCAGACAUUGUUAUGGUGUUGCCCAUUUGUAUUUAUGUUAAGAGCAUAACGUUACUUAAUUCACAAAUAAAAGAAAUUGGUAACUGAGA